UUACCUAGAGGACGCUGGUCAUUCUGUACAGUAUAAAUGCUCAGCCUGAUAGCUCAAACUGCCUGCCUGAGAAGAGUUCUGUAUGGUGAAAAUGCGGGGAUUUCUGCAUUGCUUGCUUGCCUCGCUGCUCCUCUCUGUGGCGAGACCCCUCCCCCACCCUCAUUAUGGAGACCAUGAUAGAGACCAUGAGGGUCACACCGAAGAACACUUCCACCACCUACACCACGGCAAAGAUGAGUCCCACCCCGACCACAGCCAGGUAGAGGACAUCUGUCACAAGUUAUCCCCGCCCAACGCCGACUUCGCCUUCGCCCUCUACAAGCACUUGAAUGCCAAGGCCGAAGCAGAGUCCAAGAACGUCUUCUUCUCUCCGCUUGGCAUCUCCACCGCCCUAUCCCUGCUGUCAAUGGGGGCCAAGGGCGACACCCACAAGCAGCUCUUCCAGACGCUGGGCUACAGUGAUUUCACCAGCGCCCAGGUGAGCGAGGCCUACGAGCACCUGCAGCACAUGUUGAGUCACAGCCAGGGGGCGCUGCAGCUGGACACUGGCAGCACCCUGGUCCUGCAGGAGGGCUUCAAGCCUACGCAGAAGUACCUGGAGGACGCCAAGCACUACUUCCAGGCUGAGGGCUUCACUGUCGACUUCAAAAAACAGGAUUUGGCCCUCCAAGAGAUCAAUAAGUACAUUGCCAAGAAGACCCAUGACAAGAUCCCUGAGGUGAUGUCGAGUGUGGACAGUGACACUCUCCUGGUGCUGCUGAACUACAUCUUCUUUAGAGGCAAAUGGGAGAAAACCUUUGAUCCAAAAGACACGCACAAGGCUGAUUUCCACAUUGACGACACGACCAAGGUGACAGUAGACAUGAUGAAGAGGACUGGCCGGUACGAAUACUACUAUGACCGCGACAACCACACAGCGGUGUUGAUGCUGCCCUACCAAGGGAACGCCUCCAUGAUGAUCCUCCUGCCAAGCAAGGACAAGAUGAAGCAUGUAGAAUCGAUCCUCAGCAAGGAUUAUAUCAGACACUUGCACGACUCCCUGUUCAGAAGUUCAGUGGAUGUAUUCAUGCCCAAGUUCUCUGCAUCUGGGUCAUACUCCCUGAAGGAAAUUCUGACAGAGAUGGGUGUGGUUGCCGCAUUCUCCGACUCCGCUGAUCUAUCAGGGAUCUCUGAAGAGGUUGGCCUGAAGGUGUCCAAGGUGUCCCACAAAGCUGUGCUCAACGUGGAUGAGAAGGGCACUGAGGCCGCUGCUGCCACCACCAUCGAAAUCAUGCCCAUGUCCCUUCCGGACACGUUCGUCUUGGACAGGCCCUUCCUGCUGCUCAUUGUAGAGGAGUCCACUAGGAGCAUCCUCUUCAUGGGCAAGGUUGUGAACCCCACAGCCAGCUAGACCAUGCGGUAUCAAUGGCAGGGUUUCCAUGGGGGGGUACUGAGAGCAGCCGGCUUGUUCCUUCCUGCACAUUUAUGAGGCACAUCCUAUACUCUAAAUCACCUUCCAUACACUAUAUAACAUUCUGUCUUCAGAAUCACACACUGUACUCCAAAAUUGAUUUCACCAGAGUUGGCUUCCGGCUGGUUGCUUGCAGUAUGAAUGUUGGUGGUAGUGAAGUUUUAACUUGCUGGAGGUAUAGGAUCCACUUUCUCUGAGCUGUGGAGCUAUUUGUGUCAGGCAGGUCUUUAACCCAGCAUUUGUGAGCAAAUAUAUCAAAGUUUAUAACGAAUGGCUGCCUUAGACAAAAAAAAAUCUCUCCUCUCUGGACACUCUCCUGCUGAUCCCUUCUUAGUUACACAAGCCAAUUUUUGUAUGCAUCUAUUUCUACGGAUCAUAAAAUAACCAUAAGGACAUAAUUAUUGGCCAGGUCCCACAAGAUCCCAAGCUUGCUUUUGUUCUCAAACAAGAUCUUUUUUUUCAUUCAGGGAAAAAAAAAACUGAACUGAACUGAACUAAACUGAACACCAUACGUAUGAAGUACUGUCACUGUUUAAUGGAUAUUUGUUUCUAUGUUUCUGAGCUCAAAGAUUUCUUUCUGUAAAGAAACAAUAAAACAAAGAAAUAUUGACUUUU